CGCCCGCGGGGGACGCGGGGCCCGCACCCGCCGCGCCUCCCCGGGGCCAUGAAGGUGAAGGUGAUCUCCGUGCUGGAGGACAACUACAUGUACCUGGUGAUCGAGGAGAGCACCCGCGACGCCGUGGCUGUGGACGCGGCCGUCCCCAAAAGGCUGCUGGAGAUCAUCAGGAAGGAGGACGUGGUGCUCAGGGCCAUCCUCACCACCCACCACCACUGGGACCACGCCAGGGGCAACGAGGAGCUGGCCCAGCUCUUCCCCGGCCUGCGGGUGUUCGGGGCUGACGAGCGCAUCGGGGCCCUCACGCACAAGGUCACCCACGGCCAGGAGCUCUCGUUUGGGGCCAUCAGGGUGAGGUGCCUCUUCACCCCGUGCCACACCUCGGGCCACAUGUGCUACUUCAUGUGGGAGGACGAUUCCCCGGAUGCUCCGGCUCUUUUCUCAGGUGACACCCUGUUCGUGGGGGGCUGCGGGCAGUUCUUCGAGGGGACAGCGGAGCAGAUGCACACCAACCUCACCCAAAUCCUGGGGACUCUGCCCAAGGACACGGUUUUCUGUGGCCAUGAAUGCACCGUCAGAAACCUCAAAUUCGCCUUGAAGGUGGAGCCAGAGAAUGAAAUGGUGAAGGAGAAGCUGGCGUGGGCCAGGGGAGGAGCCCGUGCAGAGGUUCACGGGCAGGACGGACCCCGUGGAGGUGCUGAGGACGCUGCGCUCCGAGAGGGACAACUUCAAGAAGCCCAAGGAGAGGCCCAACCCCCAGGCCAUGCUGGCCUUCGACUGGGGGCUCUUCGGGCCCUUCCUGGAGAAGAAGUGACACCCCCAGGGCUCCCUCCUGGCUGUGCCCAGCUCGGAUCCACUCCCAGCUGGGCACUGGAUUUUGUCUUUAACCCGCUUUGUGUGAGGCUGCUCUGCUCUGCUCCGCUCCCCCUCUGGAUCCUGGGAUUCCCUGUGGAGCAGAUCCCUUUGGAGAGCCCGGGCUGUGGGGCUGGGAUGCUGGCAGAGGGUCAGGCCAUGGGGCAGGGGACAGUUUUGAGGUCAGUGCAGGAGCUGCCAGCUGUCCGUGGCCAUGGAAGGGAGGCAGGGAAGGGCAGGGAAAAGCGGGAAUGCUCAGGGAUUGUGCUGCUCCCCCAGUGCAUCCCAAUCCCAGGGUUUGUGUGGUGCUGGCUUUGGAUCCCCAAACUGGGAGGCCACUGGUGGCACCAGUGCCCACCCAACUCCAGCCCCGUGCUAACAAACUCCUCAUCACAGCAGGGGUUGGGUGGGUUUUCCCCCCUUUUUCCCCCAGUUUUUCCAGUAAAUCACACAGGGAUUUCUGUAGGGAUUUGUCGCUGCCUUGGGGAGCCCCUUGGACCACGUGGAGUGUCCAGGUGGAGCCCAGGGUCUGCCCCAGGAGGGAUUUCCCAAGGUGGGACAGAUUUGGGGCAGCCAAGAGAGAAAGUGCUGCCAGGCACCCCUUGCUUUUUGCUUUUCCCAAGAUAAAAACUGGAGAACACUUGGUGCCAACUCCAUGGACACUGCCUUGCCCUCAGGAGCCCGGGAGCAGCUGGGGCUCCCAGGCCUCCCCAGCCUUCACUUUGUGCAGAAUCAGGGCUGUGUUUUAUUUCUUUUUAAGUCUGAGAAAGGUGCAGAGUUUUAUUUGCAGAUGUGGGGAGGCAUUUCACACCACUGAAGUCAUUACCUUUUUUUUUUCUUGUGGAUAAAAUGAGGGUUUGGUGGCAGCUCCCAGCACUGGGAUGGAGUUGAUUUCAGGGAUUUUCAUGUGUGGACUGUGAAUUUCUUUGUUGCCACUGGAGUCUGGUUUGGGGCUUUUUCCUGUGCUACAAACUGGACCAAGGUUUUCUUUUUUCCUUUUAUUAAUUUAUAGUUUGGAUUUAUUUCCCUGCGUGGAAAGGGAAGGAUUUUUGGUACCAUGGCCUGAAUUCCUCAGUUUCCAUCAAAUGCUGGAGUUGGGGAUGUCCCCUGUGUGUUCCUUUGGGAUUUUAUUGAUCCUGGGAGCAGGGAUGCUCCUGUGUGUGGGACCCAGCCCUGAGCCUGGGACAAAUUCCAGCUGUUCCCAGUGCCAGCACAGAGAUCCCAGGGAGUCCUGGGUGGCUUCAGUGACCUCAGAGCGUGUUGGUGACCUGGGAACUGGGGAAGUGACAAAGUGUAGAGCCCUGAUUAUUUCAUUUCCUGCUAAUUUAGCUUGACUGAUUGUGCAUUUCUGGGCUGAUGCUCUGCACUGAUUCCAGGCUGGAGCCUCUCCCUGUCCCCGUUUCCUGGUUUAGCCAAAUCCCUGCAUGGAAAAAGGGAAUUCACUGGAAGCACCAAUUUGCUCCUCAGGAAGGUGGGGAAGGGGCAGAAGGGGGAGGUUGAUGCCUUAGAACACUGUGAGGUCAUUAACGAUCAGCAACAGCUGAAAAAUGGAAAGCUUUUAAUUAAAAACAUGAAAAUCAGCAUUUGCUCUGUGGGUUCAUUGGAAUGUGCAGAGGAAGCUUUGGUUCCUGCCAGCCCCAAGGUCAGGAAUUACUUUGUGGUAAUUUUGGGAUGCUCUCCAUCAGUAAGUGCCUGUUCUGUCUGGAUUUAGGGAUAUUAUCCCUCAG